GUCUCGGUUGCAUAAAGAAGAAGGAGCAGAGUUUGUUCCCAUUUUCAACUUUUCUGGUUGUUAGCGCUGUGACGAAGACAAUUGUUUAUAAACAAAAACAAUCAGUUAAUUCAGCAGAUUAAAUCAAAUGGUCGUUGAAUUAUAAUAUAUUUGUUAAAUCACGAAAGUGAGCCAACAAAAAUAAAAAUUGUGCGGUAAGGUUAUGUCCAACGUAUCCCGGAAAAUUGAUGUAAUUUGUUUGUGGGUUUAUUCGAUAUUGUAAACAUAUUUGCGGUUAACUGUUUCCCCUGCAGGAGUGCUCUUUUAACUCACAAAAUGUGUAAUUCAAUCUAACGGUGUGCCAUAUGAAAUGGAUGUUAACGCUUUAUUUACAUGUUUAGAACCGCAGUCGCAGACGAAUUGUGUUGUGUCUAUUGUGUUACUAGGCUAAACUGGGUGGUUUACUCAACGUUGCAAGUAUUUUAAUAGUUUAUAGUGCAUUUUUUGCAAUUGACAACUCAAGUUAUGUGCCUGAUAAGCGGUGUCGUUGCACGAAAUUCAUUUGUUUCCCGGCCCUCUUGAAUUUUGCUGCGUCGGUCAUUCGUAAACUAGUUCCACAAAGAUGGCCGAGGGGUUAAAAAAAUCUCGCAAAAGCAACUUUUCCCAAGACGAAAUCGACAUUUUAGUGUCUGCAAUCAUCCGAAACUAUGAUUUAUUGUAUGGAGAAUAUUCGAAACGAGCUUUUUACAAGCACGAAAGGCACAAAGCGUGGUUAGACAUCGUCAAGGCAAUAAACGCAAUCAGCCCUGAGAAGAGAACUUUGGAUGAAGUAAAAAACAAAUGGAAAAAAUGUCAACACUUGUACAGGCUGUCAGAUCUCGAAAUGGUAAUAAUUUUGUCAAUUCUUUAAACCCACAAAACAAAAUACUCUCUUCUACUGAUAGUGAUGCAUCUUGGACAUAACCAUCAAUAAAAUCAUUUGAAGAAAUAAGUCUACUCCAUCAAAAAAAUGAAGUCAAAAACAAAACAAAGGCCCCAAGUCAAGAAGACUGUGAUUAGUAGUGCAUUGAGACAUCGUGGGCCUGGUAGACCUACCCAAGGAUUCCCCACUUAUGAGGAGAACUUCAAAAGAGCUGUGGUUCAAUAUGCAGAGCAAAAAAGUGUUACUGAAGCUAGGAAGCGCUAUGGCAUCAGUAUAACCAACAUCAAACAGUGGCUCAGACUCAAAAGGGAUGCUGAACAACAGCAGAUCAGUGCUCCUCCACCAGCAGGCCCACCAAAAAAGCCUGAGCAACCUAAAAAAUCAGAGCAGAAAAUAUCAGCAGUGUUAGAAGUUAAGCUUACGCGGUCUAAGAAGCUAACAAAAUGUGGAAGUGAGAAAGGUGUUCCUAGUAGCUUAGAUGCGAUGCCACUUGAGAAACGCCUGCGGGCGCCCACGCCCACAGCAUCCACAUCUACCGCCCCUUCGCAGCCAGAACCAGUAUUGCACAGCCAACCCCUGUCCCCUACCAAGCUGAAAGUAACCAGACAGGCUGCUAGACCAGGUAGCGCCGCCCAGCAAUCGCCACGCCCAACACCCCCACCGCCUACCCCUCCACCUGCGGCUCCGCCCCCGCAAGACGUCUGUCUCAGAUGGAACACGCACCACACCAACAUGCAGACCACAUUUCCGAGUCUGCUGUUGAAGGAGCAGUACGUGGAUGCUACGCUUGUGGCUGACGGACAGACUAUCAAGUGUCACAGGGUGAUCCUUUCCUCAUGCAGCCCCUAUUUCGAGGACGUACUAAGUAGCAUCAGCCCGUACCAGCAUCCUGUUCUAUUUAUGAAAGACGUACCGUUUUGGACGCUCAGAGCUGUAUGUGAUUUCAUGUAUGCUGGGGAAGUUAAUGUUGCUCAGAAUAAGUUAGAAGAGUUCCUUGCCGUAGCAGACAACUUAAAAAUAAAAGGCCUAGCCAGAACUAUAGACUUUCCGCCAAUUCAUGAAGUAAAAAAAGAACCUGAUAUGAAACCAAUAAAGGAAGAACAAAAUGAUGAAAAUCGUGAGAAUGACAUGAAAGAUAUAAAAGACUCCAAGGAGACAGUAAAAGAAAUGAAAGACAAAGAAAAAAAGGAAAAAGAAGCAAAGGAAAAGAAAGAAAAGGAACUGAAAGAACAAGAGAUAUUGCAAACCAAACAGAGAGUAAAGAAACGACAUAAUUUACCCGUGGCUGUCGCAGAGAUGCCCGUUUUGAAAAGUGCAAAGCUAUUGAGGUCGACACCUCUGUCACGGCAAAAUGUAGAAAUGCCUGUUUUGAAGACUGUCCUCAAACCUCCGAAGACGAAACCCGCUAUCGUUGCUAAAAAAUCAGAGAAAGUAGAGAAGAAGACAGAAAAAUUGGAGAAAAAAGUGGAUAAGCCAGAAAAGAAAUUGGAUAAGCCUGAAAAGAAGUUGGAUAAGCCUGAAAAAACUGUGACCUUUGCACCGCAAAAAUCUCCAAAAGAAUCGCCAAGUACAAGCAAGAUUUAUGACCCUAUGAAUUUGUUGAAACCAGUUUAUGAGGAAGUAACCAAGGAAAAGAAGACCCAAAUCAGUUCAGUUAAGGUAAAGGAGUCCAAACAGAAGAAACUUAAGAAAAGGAAGAUGCCCGAAGAAAGAGAAGAGUCUCCACCACCAGUGCUGUCAAGAAAAGGCACCCGAUCUCGCCCAAACCGCAAGAUGGCUAAGUUCUACCAUACUCUUGCUGAGUCGGGUACUAUCGUUAGGGAACCACACACAAAUCAACAACCCGAACCGCAUCCACAAGAGGAAACCACAUCUGAUCAGCAAGACCAACCCAUGGAGUCGCAAAUGGACCAGGCAGAUCCUCUGAUGCAAAUGGAAAUCAUCAAAGAUGAACCUGUGGACAUGGAAGAAAAUGCUAUAGAUAUAGUCGAAAAUGUGGUUAGCUUUGGUAUGCAGGUACAUGAAGAAGAAAUGAUAGAGAACUAUGACAUGUCGAAGUCUAUGAAGAUUGUGAAUGUAGCUGAUAUAAAAGGUAUCAAAGUUGUGGACCCUUUGACGUUCAACCAAGACACGGCAAACAUCACCAUCACCAAUAUUCAGUCUUUAAUGGAAAAGGAAGAUAGUACUGCGAACCAGUUAGGUUUCAAGAUCAGCUCUGUAGUCAGCACCGCAGAUACAAGUACUGAAAAGUCCACUGAACAGAACUGUAAAGAAAUGGGAUUCAAAAUAGGCAGCAUAGUUAGUGAACCAUCAGCUGAUAUCGUACCCAAAGUGGAAGUGGAGAGUACUGGAACGUUGACUGAAGAAUCUCAAGACAGCAUAAGCGACGCAGUAGCUGACAAGACUUCUGAAGUUGUAUCAAGCGUCUCGGAAGCUCUUCAGGAUAUCAAGCAAGAUAUACAACGGCAGUCACUUAGGAAAGUAAGGCAUGUUAGGGAUAGCUUAAAUGAAGAAGAAAGAUUGUUAGAGGAAGACCAAAUAGACGAAUCAAGACUUCUUAGUGACAGUGUGAAUGAGGCACUUUUAGAAGAUGAUCAGUUGGAAAUGGGAAGAGUAGUGCCUAAGGAAGAAUGCGACAGUACACAAGGCGAUGAUGCACCUAGAUUUGAAGAUACAGAUGAUGCAGCUGAAGAACAUAACAUUCCAGAAGGUGAAACAAAUGUGACAUCUUCCCAUUUAGAUAUUUCACGGUUCAUAAAGGAAGAAAAGGAAGAUAGCCAAGAACUGACAGAACAUAUGGAAGCUGCGUCAUAUGCACAAGAUUCCGAAGAAAGAGGAGAUAGCCAAGAUUUGGCUAAUGAUGAAAUACCUAAGCCUGGACAGCCUGACGAUGGAAGUGGUAAUGAAGUUAAAGAGAAUGAUAAAGAAAUAUGUUCAGAACCUACAGAACUUGAUUUUAACGAAUCACAUAAACCGGCUGAUACAUCAGUAAGAGAAGAAUUUAGGAAUUCGAAUCUAGAAUUAGAUACUGCAACAGUUAGUACUGAUAAAGAUGUGCUGAUAGAUUUUGCCCCAACCGAAUAUGGAGAAUCUGGAGAAAAUCUAACAGCUAUUCCAAACAAGCCAAUAGAAAUGACUGACGAGAAAGAUGGAAACUUAAAUGACACAGUCGAUACGUCACGAAAACAAGGCGUCGACCAGCUUGCAGAAGAAAUAGCAUCAAAACCUAUCGAUACUGAUAAUUUGGAUCCGAUUUUUGAAAGUCCUUAUUUAAAUAUUGAAAUAGAAACACAAGAAUCUGUGACACUCAGAGCUGAAACUGACCUAUCCCACUCGGAAAGUAUUCCUGGACAAGACUCCAAAAGUAUGGAUACAGAAAAGGAUGAUAAGCUAUUAGAUGAUGCUGAUAUGCAAUUACCACAAGAAAGUCAUAGAGAAGAACUAGAUUUAGAUAAUCUUGCCAACUCGAAGUCAGAAAUUCCUGAAAAUGAAAGUGAAGUUUUAGAUAUACUACAAUUAAAAAAUGACAUCGAAAACGUUACAAGUAUCUCUGAACAAUCACAUGAAGAGAAUAAACCAGAAGUUGCCGAUCAAGAUAAAGAAGAUACUUCAGAUUAUCAUGCACUUGAAACAGAUAUUACAGAUAAUCAAACUGACAAAGAAACUAUCCCCGGAUCUGUUGCUAACUCACAAACAACAACAGGCAUUCUUGCAACUGAUCCAAUAACACUUCACCAAAACACUAAGUCUGCAACUGUACUUGAUCAUGAAACUGGGACAAUAAUGGCUGAACAGACUGAAGAGAAAUUAGAAACAGUUGAUGAGUUGCCAAAAUCUAAUCAGAACGAAGACGAAUUUAGUAACGAAUUGUUAGAUAACCAAAAAAUUGCUGAAGCUGGUUUGAACGGUCACUCAGGUGAAGAUAUUGCCCCCCUAACAACUGAAGCAGGCGGAAAAAUUCUGGACCAAACUCUGAAUCAACAACCCUAUCAAGAAACAGGUCCUAUCAUUAGUAGUAGUGGAGAACCCACGGAUAAACAAACUGGAGAUUUAUUAUCAAUGAACAUAGAAAGGAUGACUGUCGAGGACGCGGUUAUGGCACCAAUUCCGAAUACCCCAUGUCCAAUGGACAUUCCAGAUACCCCAUGUCCAAUGGCCAUUACAUCUGACGGUAUUAAUGAUUCGACUGAACCGCCUAUUGAUGUCCCUCCAGGAAUCUUGGAUAACUUUGAUGAUGAUGAAGAGAUUCUACCAACAGACGAUAUACCAAACACUGUAGAAGCUCCACCAGUGGACGUUCCUAGUGAAAUUCAAAGUACAAGUGAUAUAAUUGCAGAUCAGCUUCCUAUCUUUGAAGAUAUUGCUGUUACAAGGAAGGCGGAGGAUAUACCAUCGCCUGGCCCAGUACAAGAACUGACUAAAAGUUUAGAAGUACAACCUUCGAUUGAGACAUCAGAUGUCCUAGCAGAGGCUUCAAAAGAAAAUGUAUGUGAUACGUCCGAAGAUGUUAGUGUUCCAGAAAGUGUGCAAUCUUCGGAACACAAUUCAGACCCAGCAUUGCAAGAAAUACCAACGCUAGAUACAAAGCGCUCGUCUGAAGAUUCCAAUUACUCUGAAGAUAUCAGGAGCGUAGAUGAACAUUCCAUUCAUGAUUCAGAGUGUACUAAAGAUGAAAAUCUUUCUCAAAACUCGAAUAGUUAUACUGGUUUUGAAGUUGCUGAAAAAGAAGGCUGUGAUGCGGAAAAACAACCUAGUGAAGAAUGCACUAUGAGCCCAGGAGAGCCACGAAGACUGUCGCCUAUAUUACCAGAAUCUCAAAAAACAGAACCAACAAUGAGAGAGCAAAAUUUACCACCUACACAGAGUAUCGAUACCAAUACUCCAGGUUUUCAUAUAGCUCAAGUGGUAAACCAACAAAUAGCUUUAAACGAGGAGCAUAGGUCCUGUCCCACAGAACAGAGUACUGAAAAUGUACCACAGGGUUCUAGUGACUUAGAGUCUAUAGUUCAUGAUCUAACAAUGAUUGUAGGUGAAGAUCUAAAUCAGCCUGCCCCUGAAAUAUCAGAGGUAAGAGAGGAUGACACAAAUGUGAUCGCGGAGUCUUUAGAGAACCUUUUGGAGAACUAGAGUGUAUUCUAAUGCUCGGAUGUGGAUUAGCAAUUGUGUUUGUACAUACAUUUAUAUUGUAUUUAAUCUUAUAUGUACGGUCUCAAUGUUUCACAGUGGAUAAUAUUCCCGGAUCAUCCAUCUACCUUUGCAGCUAUGUUGGAAAAGAUUAAUAUCAUAUUCCUCGCAAGUAAUAUUUAGUGAUGAAAUUUUGUGAUGAUUUAAAUUAAGCUGUAGAUAUUCGGAAAAGCGAGCAAUUAAAUUAUUUUUACCCAAAUUAGGGUGGCACGUCCUUUUUUUUAGAUUUUUUUUCAACUACCUGUUUGCAGCAGUAUUCUAAAUCCUUUUCAUUUGAUAAUGUCAUGGUGUGUAUAGAGAGGACUAAAAAACAAUGUUUUACAUUUUUUUCUUGGCAAAAAAUGCAUUUUUCGUGCAUUUUAUUGAUCAUUUUUUCUCCAAUAGGAACUUGUUGAAAUAUCAGUGUAACUCUGCAAAUUGUGUGUGAAUAUUCCUCUUUUAUGGAAGAAUGAAACAAGUGAUUGCUUUUGUUCUUAUCACUUUUUCUUUUCGAAUAAUCUUUGAUUUUCUUGAAGGUUCGUCCCACAAGAAAUGCAAAGAUUUUUCGAAGAGAAAAAGUGAUAAGAAUAAAAGUAAUCACUUGUUUCAUUCAUCCAUAAAAGCGGAAUAUUCACAUACAAUUUUAGAGCUGUACUAAUAUUUGUUAACAAGUUACGAUCGAAGAUAAAAUCCACAAUAAAAUGCAUUUUAUGAUAAAACAAAAUUAAGAACGAUAUUUUGUAGUCAUCUCAAUAUACAUCAUGAAGUAAUCAGAUAAAAAGGAUUUAGAAUACUGUUGCAAACAGGUAGUUGAAAAAAAGCGAAAAAAGGGACGUACGGCCUUAGUGUACAAUUUUUUUCUCAAAUUACGGCUAGAAACUCCAUCUUUAAUUUGAACAUUUCAAUUGCAUGGCGCUGUCAUCUUUGUCCGACUACUAAGAACCGAUAAACGGUCUUAAUAAGUUUCUCAUAUAACUAACUUUUCUUACAAACUUGCCUUUUAUAAAGACAUUAUUCGAGUUUUUUCUUACUUCUGUUUAUCAUAAAUAGUUCCCAUCUCAUGCUCAUUAUUUUGUUUUGGAAUUUUUAUCGUUUUACCAUCACAGUCAUGCUUUAUCCAUAAGAGUAUAUGAAUGUCUCGCAACAACACUACAUUUUCCUAAUUCUGUGACAUUUUUAAACGUGUCAUUUAGUUUUUUCGGACUGUGGAGCCCGGGUCGGGUUGGAUUUUCUCCAGAGAUUUCAGCUUCAUCUGCGGUAGCCAUCUUCAGUUGCGCUGUCAUCGAGAGCGAAGUGCUCGGCUUGUCGGCUCAACAAAAACUGAUUGGUCAACUGGAUGGGUGUGCGGUUUUAUAAGGGAUCGGCGGACUGAAGACUCAACUGUCUGGUGGGGGUACUCUGGUUCCCUUGAGUGGCGUGGUUUUGGUGAUGUGUUUUUUAGAAUUGGCAACCACGUUUUGUUUAAAGCAAGGAUUUUUCCUUUCUAUUGAAAUUAUCCUUGUGUUUGUAGAUUUCAAUUGCUUCUCUGUACAUUUGGGCUGUUUAGUGGGUGGAUGUUGAUAAGACUUCAGUUUGGUUGAACAGAACAUUGUGGUCAUCUUGGAGUGCGUGUUCGGCCACCGCUGAUUUAUCAGUUUGUCCCAGUCGACAGUUUCUUUCGUGCUCCUUAAUCCGUGUUUGAAAGCUACGUUUAGUGGUGCCUACGUAUACUUUACCACAGGAUCACGGUAUUCUGUAUACGCCGGCACCGUUCAGGGGGUCCCUCGGGUUCUUUACUGAUGUUAAGAGUUGCUGGAUUUUAUUUGUCGGCUUGUAGAUGGUCUUGAUGUGUUUCUGCAACAACCUUCCUAUUCUAUCCGUAAUGCCUUUAAUGUAUGGUAGAAACUCCCGAAGGUGGCUCCGUCUCUCCUGCUGCAAUUUGCUUAUAAUUCAUGUUAACAUGAUCCAGUUCCCCCUAAACAAAACGUGGUUCCCAAUUCUAAAAAAGACAGCACCAAAACAAAGGACCCAGAGUACCCCCACCAGACAGCUCAGUCCGCCGAUCGCCUAUAAAACCGCACGCCCAUCCAGUUGACCACUUCGCUCUCGACGAAAGCGCCUCUGAAGAUGGCUACCGCAGAUGUAGCUGAAAGCUCUGGAGAAAAUCCAACCCGACCCCGACUCAACAGCCCGAAAAACCUAAAUGACAGAAUUAGCCGUGAAAGCCUUCAUUAUCCAAUUUUUAAACGUAUUUCCAAAAUUAUGCGUAGAACGUGUGAAGACAAGAUUAAAUUAUUGUUCAUCAUUAUCAUUGUUCCUGUAGGCAGGAAAAAAUAUUACUGAAUAAAAAUGUUUGAAUUCAUGUUCAUGUACUUGACUACUUGUAUCUUAGAGCAAAGCUGCUGAACUUAGAUUUGUUCACUAGACUGAUAUUUCUGUAACUAUAGAAAAAUACAUAACAUUAGUUUUAGACAUAAACUGCUGUUAAGAUGGUUCAUAGUUGUUACUCAAUAUAUACCUAACAUACAACUUUAUGUACACAUAAAUGUAAAAUGAGUUGCAACAUUAAUGGGCAGCUUUAUAGAAUUGCUUUUUAAUUUAUUUAGAAAUAUCUAAGUUUGGAUAAACCCAUAGCAAUUCAAUAAAAUUUUACUACGUCUCAGUAUUUUUGUUUCGUGUAUACAUCACUGUUUUAUAUUUGUGCCAAUCUGGUUAUACAAGUUUUA